AAAUGGCGGCUGCGACUCGGACAGGGAUAUAUUACGCUGACUGAUCUAUAGCACCAUGUAAACACUUUUAAAUAGCGUUAUUUCUAAAUCAAGACGUUUCGUUCUGAGAUGGCUCACGUAACGGUUGACUGGAACCCCCUGGGGAAGGUCUUCUACAGGAAGAUAGAGUUAUACAGCAUGGCCUGGCAAGAAGCUGUGGAUCUCUCCAAGUUUAUAGUAAGUGCGGCAUCUUUUGGGGGUCCUAUUGCUCUCAUACGAGAUGACAAACAUUUUGCACGUGUCCAAGGAUCGUCCAUCAACAAACCGAUCAUUCAUAUUUUCUCCUCUGCUGGAAAGGAACUUGCUACUGUCAAGUGGGAUGGAGGUGCUAUUGUUCAGAUGGGUUGGUCUGUUUCAGAGGAUCUUCUGUGUGUAGCUGAUGAUGGAAGCGUUUUUGUUUAUGAUAUUCAUGGAGCAAUCAAGAAAACGUUAACCAUGGGUCAGGAUGCCAAGGAAUCAAAAGUUAUUGACUGCAAAAUCUACAACUUUGCUGGAAGGACAGGAGUAGCAGUCUUGACUGGUAGUUACCAUUUCUAUGUUGCCAACAAUGUGGAAGAGGUCCGCAGUCGACGUAUUUUUGAUCCACCAGGUUUGGAUGCCCCGCCCAGCAGCUGGGUGAUAAUACCUCACGACAGAGGCUCGACACUGCUUGUGGCCAUUGAUCAUCUCUUGUACCUUACUGAUAAGAGUCAAUGCAAUAAACAGACUGUGACAUUCAAAGAAGGGCCAGUGACUUCCAUUAUAGAAAUGGCAAUAUCUUAUAACUAUGAAUACCUGGCAAUGUUUACUGACACUGGUUUGCUGUGGAUUGGAUCGGCAGAUCUGGAGAAAGUCUACUGUGAGUUCAACACUGCCUGUCAUUCGAGACCCAAACAGUUAGCAUGGUGUGCGACAGGUGCAGUGAUCUGUUACUGGGAUGAUUAUCUAGAUGUGGUUGGACCAACACAGGACACCAUAAGAUAUCAGAUGGACAGCUCAGUUCAUCUGGUUCAGGAGUUGGAUGGGGUCAGAAUCAUCGGCAAUGAGGCUCAUGAGCUGCUCCAGCGAGUUCCUGCUGCUGUUGAGCAAGUAUUUAAAAUUGGUUCAAUGGAACCUGGUGCCAUGUUGUUUGAUGCAUCUAAAGAAUUUGAGAAAAAGAGCGCCCGCGCGGAGGAAUACAUUCGCAUGAUCAAGGACCGUCUUCCUGAAGCUGUACAACAAUGCAUCCACGCUGCCGCUGGAGAACAUGAGCCUGCAGUGCAGAGAAGCCUAUUGAGAGCAGCAUCAUUCGGUAAAAGCUUCUUGACUGACAUGCCUCCACAAGCCUUUGUUUCAAUGUGCAGAACUUUGCGAGUGUUAAAUGCUGUCAGGGACUACAUGGUGGGCAUGCCUCUGACAUACGGACAACUGGAAAAGCUUGCAAUGAAAACCUUGAUUGACAGACUUGUUUUGAGACGUCACUAUUGUCUGGCGAUACGAAUCUGUGAUUACCUGAAGAUUCCUAAGGGGGAGGGAGCCAGUCGUAUUCUUGGACACUGGGCGUGUUAUAAGGUCCAACAGGCAAAUGUUGAUGACGAGGAGAUAGCUCGUGCCAUUAACUCUAAGCUCGGGGAGACUCCUGGAAUAUCAUAUUCAGAGAUUGCUUCCAAAGCAGUUGAUUGUGGAAGAACACAGCUGGCUAUCAAAGUGGGUCAUCAAGGGUACCAUGUGACCAAGAAUGAAGGAUGGCGUUUGGUGGUUGCUAACAUGACGUCUUUUUCAGUGUACAUGGUUGUGAUGCAUCUUAAGGACAACCUGACUCUGGGGGAGUUCCUGAUGGCCAUACGUCACCGACCUGUAGCACUCAGCCUCUACAUCAAGUAUUGCAAGGAAGAGGAUCGCCGUACGCUUGUUGACUUGUUUUACCAGGAUGACCAGUUUUUGAACAGCGGUAACGCCUAUGUACAGGACAGUUACAGUGAGAAGACGCUAGAGUCCAAGAUGAAAACAUUGUCUAAAGCACAGAUGUCUUACCAACAAGGAAAUUUCACUUUUUACGCUAAGGCAACAGAGGAGCAGAUCAAACUAAUGGAAUAUCAGGUGAAGCUAGAGGAGAAGUACAGGAAAUCAUUUAUGGAUCUGUCAUUAAGCGACACCAUUUAUCAGUGCGUACUUCUGGAUGAUCAAAAAGUGGCUGAACAACUGAAGAAAGAGUUUAAAGUUCCAGACAAAAGGUUCUAUUGGUUGAAAGUCCGGUCUCUGGCUGAAAGUCGCAACUGGUUGGAACUUGACAGAUUUUCCAAAGCGCGCAAGUCGUUAAUAGGAUAUGAGCCAUUUUUUGAAGCCUGCUUGGAAUUCAACAAUAGAAUAGAAGCAGAGAAAUAUGUUCCACGAGUCCUGCCAGAGAACAAAGUGGCGUGCUUUGUCAAGCUUGGGAAAUUCGAAGACGCAGCAGAAACAGCUUUUGCUCAGAAGAGCGAGGAGGGUCUGGAUCUAGUUCUCGGGAAAUGUGCCUCUUCAAAUCGUCCGCUGGCCAACCGCAUUCAAGAAAUGAAGGCUCAUUUGCACCAGAGACGAUAACAUUAUAGGGACCUUAUACAGACCUGACUCAAGAAAAUCGUCAAAAUCACGACAAAGAAUCCCAAAUUUGGAUCAAUUUACGUAUAUCAUUCAUCGCGAUAAAUAGAGUACAAUCUAGGGACAUUUUUUGUAUGGAGAAAAAACCGUAAUCAGAGAAAAAAUGGAGGAUGAAGGGAAAUUAGUCAUAAAGAUACUGUCUGGUGUCAUCUGUUACAUUGGACCAACAUGUUUAUGUCGAAGGGAACGUUGAAAAUAAAUGAUAGUAUAUGUUCAACUUAAUAGAAACGUUUGUGAAACGAGCUGCAUAAAAAAUUCUCCCCCAACAGGGGUCGAACCUCUAGCAAUAGCUUGAAUCAAUAACUGAUGUACAACUUUCCAGCAUAUCAAUUUCUUCUGAUUAUAAACCCUGUAUUUCAUAACGUUAAGUAUGCUAGCAGAAGGAUUUUAGGCAUUAGGCAGAACAUUCCUACGAGUUUCUCCAUGAUCAGAAACCUGGCUCUAAAUCUAUUCAUUCUGCAUCUCACCUUUCAACGUUUUAGACCGAAAGCUCAGUCAGCCACAGUGUAUAUCAAAUAUAAAGACAUUGAUAAUAAAACAAUACUAAGGUAGAAUAAA